AUGGGGUGGACGCAGGCGGGGAGCGACCGUGAGCGGGAGGCGUCGGAGGCGGGAAGGGCUGGGUUUGGUGGGGAGCAAGGGUGGGGAUCAGGUUGGGUGAGCCCUGGCAAAGCGGGUUGGCGGCCUGGGAGAGAAAUGGCCGGGCGGGGGACGGGGUGGGGGACGAAGACCGGGACAGGACAGGACGGGACGGGACCGGGAUGGGACGGGGCGGGCCGAGACUGGGACGGUGACGGGACGGACGAGACGGGCACGGGAUUCGGGAACGGGACGGGAGGGACGGGACUGGGACGAGACGAGACGGAACGGCAACAGACGGGACGGGAGGGGCGCAACGGGACGGGUAACAAGGAAGGGACGGGACGGGACAAGGACAAGGUAGGGCCGGGCGGGGCGUGGGCGGAGUUGAGGGCGGAGCGGGGCGAGAGGAGCCUGCGCGCCAACGUGGACCUGGUGCUGGUGCACCUGGAGCUGCAGCGCGCGCAGCCGGCCGACCUGCCCACGCACGCGGGCGAGCGCGGCAAGCUGCUCGACUCCUUCUGCGCGUACAGCGCCAAGCACAACCCCGGCGACGACAAGGACCCCAGGCACUGGGACAUGGGCCUCUACGUGUCCGGGCUGGACUUCUUCGCGUACGAGGGCAGCGGGAAGAGUGGCGUCACGAUGGGGCUGGCGACCGUGGGCGGCGUGUGCCUGCCCCCGUACGACUGCGUCAUCGCGGAGCUGGGCACCGUCGACAAGUUCGGCAAGCCGUAUCCCGCCGCCGGCUUCACCUCCGUCUACGUGCUCGCCCACGAGAUUGGACACAACCUGGGCAUGCACCACGACGGCGGGGGCAACUCGUGCCCCAAGGACGGCUUCAUCAUGUCGCCGUCGCGCGGCACCUAUGGGGAAACGGUAUGGUCCACGUGCAGCGCUGACGUCAUGGCC